AGUCCUGCUUGGGUGCCAUCGCCCCUGCAGUGGGGCUGGUGGGGGGGUCCCCGGUUGAUGCUCUCCGUGGCAUUUCUCCGCAGAAUGGUGCCGUGCCCGGGGAGCGGGGCAAGCAGGACAAGAGCAUCAAGCGUGGCAACUGGGGCAACCAGAUCGAGUUCGUACUGACCAGCGUGGGCUACGCCGUGGGGCUGGGCAACGUCUGGCGCUUUCCGUACCUCUGCUACCGCAAUGGGGGAGGUGCCUUCAUGUUCCCCUACUUCAUCAUGCUGGUGUUUUGCGGCAUCCCCCUCUUCUUCAUGGAGCUCUCCUUUGGGCAGUUUGCCAGCCAGGGCUGCCUUGGCGUCUGGAGGGUCAGCCCCAUGUUCAAAGGCGUGGGCUACGGGAUGAUGGUGGUGUCCACGUACAUCGGGAUCUACUACAACGUGGUGAUCUGUAUUGCCUUCUACUACUUCUUUGUGUCCAUGACGCGCGUGCUGCCCUGGACGUACUGCAGCAACUCCUGGAACACGCCCGACUGCGUGGGG